CGGGGCUGAUUGUAGGUGAUGCCCUUGCUCUGACUGCAGCGCGCAUGCUUGUGCCUUCCUUUUCUGAAACCCUAAACCUUCACUCUCCACCUCUCCUCCCACAUUUCUACCCCCAUGGCUAGUGAUGGCGAAGACGACCGCAUCCAGAGAGAGAAGGAUCAGCGGAAACGUCUCGCUGUGUCCCCUAUCGCUAAACCCCUCGCCGGCAAGAAGCUCACCAAGAAGACCCUCAAGGUUGUCAAGAAAGCUGCAUCGUCUAAACAGUUGAAACGGGGAGUCAAGGAGGUUGUUAAGGCAAUCAGAAAAGGGCAGAAAGGUCUGGUCAUCAUUGCUGGUGACAUCUCACCCAUUGACGUGAUAACUCACGUGCCCAUUUUGUGCGAGGAUGCCAACAUCCCUUAUAUAUAUGUUCCUUCCAAGGAGGAUUUAGGUGGUGCAGGUUCUACGAAAAGGCCUACCAGUUGCCUGCUAGUGCUACCAGCCCCACCCAGAGGUGGAGUGAGUGAAGAAGAAAGUGCGAAGUUUAAGGUCAGCCUUGAUGAAGUGGUGAAGGAAGUGAAAGUUUUGUCACAGGCAAUUUAUGCAUGAUUGCGGUGAAGAUUAGGUAGCCAAUUUGUCUCUUUCUUGAUCAGAGGUGGCUGUCCAGAGAGAUUCUUCUUGGUUGGCCCGAUGAACUGUCAAACAGAAAUCUCUUAUUUUCGUGGGUUGUGUACAUUUAAGUUAAGGUGUUGUAUUUAGUUUUGAUCCUGCAGCAUCCUUCAUACUAAGAGUUUUUUUUUUGGCCAUUUUCCUUUUUUAUACACUCUCACGUUGAUAUUUUCAGUGCUUAGUUAAUGACCCUACUGGUAAGUAGUGUGAGCAGGUAGAAGGCCUCAUUAGAAACAAAGACUGACAUGAUAUGCCGUGGUGCUCUCAAUGCUGCGCAUGGUUGUACUUUCAAUCCAAAUUGAUACUUUACAGUAAUGCCUCAAUUGCCGUGUACUAAUUUGUGCAUU